GCCACACCGCACAAAUUACCGUAGGGUUCCCAACCAACGCUCACGAUUCUCCCAGGUACUUGUCACACACACUUCGAUGUCUCGCUAUCGGCCGGAUAGCAAUGCUACCGCCCACAUGGCACUGGACCCCACCCCCUGCCCUGCACUCUGAGGCGGGAAGAGAAGAGCAGAGAAAAAUGGUCCUCCUUGGCUUGGCCCCUAUUUUAGGAUUAGAGAGAGAAAAACAAACCAAAACAAAGUUGUUGAAUUGUUUUUUUUUUUUUGUUUUCAAGACUAGAAAAAUUUUGGUUAGAAUUAUUUAUGGUAGUGAAGAAAGGAAACAGUUAGAGCUUGAUUUUUUUUGUUAUGAUGUUUUGAAGCCCAAUGAAACCAAUUAUUGGUUAAGAAAAUUUAAACAAAAAAAAAUGUUAGAAAACGACUAUAAUUUUCUAAGUUUGCUUACUCUUUGACUGGGAAAUCUUCAAAGCUUUGGAGUUUAGUCAGGCUUUGAGAGGGAAAAUAAAAACUGGGUUUUCAUCUGAUGUUGUUAAUACUUUAAAGACAAAUUUCUCUGUCGAAUGUGGGAAACGUUUCUCUUUUGGUUUUUGCUCUGUUGCUUAAGUUGGGUACAAUCUUUAUUUUUUGGUUUUAAGUUUGAAGAUUAGAUUCGUCUGGAGUUUCAGGUCAUGGCGCAAAUAAAAGUCAGGGACGAAAUGAUUCUUUGCGUCUUUCUUUUGAAGAUUUUGGGUUGAAAAAAUUUUGAUUUUUAUCUGUUACUCAUCCAGAUUCAAUUGCUCGAAGGUACCUCUGGAGGGUUUCCUUGUCCUUUCUGUGUCCAAAUAAGUUGGAACAUUGAAGAAAGUCCCAGUUUUUGAACUACUUGUGUAGGAAAUUUAAGUUCCUUUGGGUUCUGUUCUGUUCUGUUUUGUUUUGUAGGAUGCUGAAGAAACAUGGAGCACUUUUUAUGGGGUUUUGGAUUUUUAGCUAUGGUGGAUUUGAAGCUUUAAGAUAAGAAAGAAGAACUGUCCAUAUCUUCAGUUUCUCUUUGUUUUUCACGAUUUUGAUGUUUGUUCGUUGCUUUUUGCUUCUAUGGAGAAAAUAAGAAGUUGCACUCUCUCUUUGCUUUUGCUGCUGCUUCUUCUUUGCUUUCACCAAACAACUGUAGAAUGCAAAGAAAGGCUCAUUAGAUACCUCUCUUAUCAGCCUCUUUCACCUUCUAGGCCUCAAGAACUCAAGAUUGGACUCGAAAGGAUAAUUCUCAGCAUUGUGCUAGGAAUUCUAACUGGGUUGAUUGGAGCCGUUCUUUUUGCUGUAUUAAUCAAAUUUGCGGUUCGGUUCAUGAAUCAAACCCCAAUCCUCAAAGGUCCCGUUAUAUUUUCCCCGAAAAUAUCUUCUAAGACUCUCCAAUCAGCUCUUGCAAAUGAGAAUCAGUUGCUAGGAUCGAGCUCCAACGGCAAGUACUAUAAAACAGUUCUUGAUAAUGGGCUCACUGUUGCAGUCAAAGUCCUUGAGCCCUUUGAUAGUGGUUCACCGGAAAGGCAGAGAAAGUCCGUGAAGAGAAGGAUACAACAAGAACUGGAGGUUCUUGCUACCUUGAGACACAGGCAUUUGAUGAGUUUAAGGGCUUAUGUUGGUGAAUCUGAUAGGUUUUCUUUGGUUUAUGAUUAUAUGCCAACGGGGAGCCUUGAGGAUGCAAUGAAUAGAGUUAGGGGAAAUCAGCUGCAGCUUGGAUGGGAUGUCAGGCUCAGGAUUGCUGUCGGAGUGAUUAAGGUUCUUCAAUAUCUUCACUUUACUUGCAUCCCUCAGAUUUUGCACUACAACUUGAAGCCCACAAAUGUGAUGUUAGAUGCUGAAUUUGAACCAAGGCUGGCAGAUUGUGGUUUGGCUAAGCGCAUGCCUAAUAUAGAUAGGGCAACUUCAGGUUACGGUGCACCAGAGUGUUUCCAGAACUGCAGGUAUACUGAUAAGAGUGAUAUCUUUAGCUUUGGGAUGAUAUUGGGUGUUCUCUUGACUGGUAGAUAUCCCACUGAUCCAAUUUUCCUUGAAGCAGACAGUGGAGGGAGUUUAGGACAGUGGCUACGGCAUUUACAGCAGGCAGGGGAGGCAUGGGAAGCUCUAGAUAAAAGUAUUCUUGGGGAAGAAGUAAAGGAAGAUGAGAUGCUGAUGGCAGUGAGAAUUGCUGUUGUAUGCCUAUCAGAUUUGCCUGCUGAUAGGCCUUCUAGUGAUGAGCUUGUUCCCAUGUUAACCCAGCUGCAUAGUUUUUGAUUGAAAUGUUAGUAUGUUGAUACUAAAGCCUGUGCAGAUUCUAGGAAUAGGAUAUUUUUGGACUUCACUUUUGGUCUAUAAGCUGCUGUGGCUCUAUUUACAACAUGUGAAGAGACCAGGCAUUCUGUUCGCAUGCGGCUAUUGGUUCAUUUGAGCACCGUUCAAGUAUCUUAAUGUUUUCUCCAUUUGAAACUGGGCUUGCGGCAUUGUAUACAUGGCUAAUUCUAUAAGUGAAGACUGGCUGUGAAAGAGAUUUCUAACGCUGACAUUGUCUAUUUGAUCUGAUAACUGCGGGACACAUCUGCGUUAUAGUGUUCUUAAACAACUAAUUGUGGUGGGGUUUUCAUAGUUGUCUUUAUGUUGGGAAAACCUUUUUGAAAAUCACGGGUGCUUUUGCAGUAAAAUCAACUUAUUAUAGUAAUUUUCUUCAUGGAUUUCAAGGAUGGGAUUGAGAUUCUGUUUUUGGUCGGACAGGAACUAAUGCACCGUGCAUAUUGUUGGUUCUUUCCUGGUAACAGUAUGGUCUGGUUACCCAACUUGUAAAUCAUCCUGCUAUAAAUAACUUUUCAAGUGGGCUGUAAUAGGGAAACAGGUG